GGGACAGGAGAAGUGGGACUGUGCAGAGUCCAUACAUACAGAAUAGGGACAGAUACCGAGAAUGACACCCGGCAUCCGGGACGGGAGAAGUGGGACUGUGCAGAGUCCAUACAUACAGAACAGGGACAGAUACCGAGAAUGACACCCCCGGCAUCCGGGACAGGAGAAGUGGGACUGUGCAGAGUCCAUACAUACAGAAUGGGGACAGAUAGCAAGAAUGACACCCCGGCAUCCAGGACAGGAGAAGUGGGACUGUGCAGAGUCCAUACAUACAGAAUGGGGACAGAUACCGAGAAUGACACCCGGCAUCCGGGACAGGAGAAGUGGGACUGUGCAGAGUCCAUACAUACAGAAUGGGGACAGAUACCGAGAAUGACACCCGGCAUCCGGGACAGGAGAAGUGGGACUGUGCAGAGUCCAUACAUACAGAAUAGGGACAGAUACCGAGAAUGACACCCGGCAUCCGGGACAGGAGAAGUGGGACUGUGCAGAGUCCAUACAUACAGAAUGGGACUGGAGAUACCGAGAAUGACACCCGGCAUCCGGGACAGGAGAAGUGGGACUGUGCAGAGUCCAUACAUACAGAAUGAGAGGACAGAUACCGAGAAUGACACCCGGCAUCCGGGACAGGAGAAGUGGGACUGUGCAGAGUCCAUACAUACAGAAUGAGAGGAGAUCCGACCGAGAAUGACACCCGGCAUCCGGGACAGGAGAAGUGGGACUGUGCAGAGUCCAUACAUACAGAAUGAGGACAGAUACUGAGAAUGACACCCGGCAUCCGGGACAGGAGAAGUGGGACUGUGCAGAGUCCAUACAUACAGAAUAGGGACAGAUACCGAGAAUGACACCGGCAU